AUGUACAAAUCCAAAUUACAGGAGUUCUGCCAGCGCUGUUGCUGGGAGUUGCCGGAAUACAAAACUGUCAGGGAUGGCCCCGAUCACUUGCCCCGCUUCACCGCCACCGUUUCUGUGCACGGACAGGUCUUUGAGACGCCGGAACAAUGCAAGUCCUCUAAGGAAGCACAGAACGCCGCCGCUCGAAUAGCGUUGGAGCACUUGAACAAUCCGGCGCCGCCGCAAGUUCACCAUACGCCGGCAACCGCUUCUGCGCCGGCCGCCGUUAAUCAUCAGCUUCAGGAGGCGCCGCCUGUUACUCCAGUUGCUCCGCUCCCUGAACUGCGGCCGGCUGUUCCAGAUCCUCAGUUACUUCCUCUAUCUCCACUUCCUUCAUCUCUUCCAAUCCCCCCUCCUGGACUUUUGGUGCCGAAGAGUGCUAAUUCAAAUUUUGCUAGUGAAGAUAUACUGCAGCAGAAUUGUAAGGAUACUGGACAAGCUUCUAUGGUUUAUCGGGUAGCAAUAGGUUCCAAUGAAAACAUUUAUAAAGAUACUUUGCAUUUGUACAAGAACCAGCUUCAGAAAUUUGCUCAGAAAAAAAAUAUUGGUCUCCCGGUAUAUACUACGGAGGCUGAGGGCCCUCCCCAUGCUCGUCGUUUCAAGUCAAGUGUCUGUGUUGCGGGAAAAUCAUACACGACAAAGGAAUUUUUCACCACAUUGAAGGAAGCCGAGCAAGCGGCCGCUAGAAUAGCUUGUCAAGAGUUGUCUGUCGACGUUACUCAAGAGGAUGGAGGGUUAUACAAAACUUUGCUGCAAGAACUUGCCCAGAAAAGGGGUCUUCCCUGCCCAUCAUAUGAGACAGUCCAAUCGGGUGUGCCCCAUAGACCUUUAUUUUCAUCCACGGUUGUGGUGGGAAGUUGUACAUUCCGAGGGGCUGAUGCCAAAACCAAGAAGCAGGCUGUGAUGAAUGCUGCUAGAGCUGCUUAUUCUGAUCUUUCAGAGCCAGCAGAACCCUCAAGGCUGCAGUCCAUCAGUGUAUGUACAGAUGCUGAAAGUUCCUCACGGGAUGAUAAGGCUAGCGAAACUACUGAAAGUCAUCGUGAUUCAACAGCUGAAGAAGCUCAUCUACAAGCAAAGAGAGCCAAAUAUUCACAUGAAAGCAUGAAUGUGAAUGAUGAUACUCGUGUCCCAGGUUCAUCUGAAGGCAAAUCUGAUGAAUCGACUUUCAAUCCUAAGCCCGUUGGUAGUGUGCUAUCGACUCAAGAACCGUGCGGUGUCCGGUCAAAGACUGUGGUUUAUUCUCGCAAAUCAAACCUGCCAAAGCCUGAAUCAGCUUCCGUGUUGCCUUUUAGUGAUGAUGAGUGGGUCGCGUAUAAAGUCGAGCACGACACGAGACCUACUGCACAGAAAUAG